GUUCCAGACCUCGAACAGCGACAGGUCGACCGGUAUCAGGAGUAGCCCGUCCAGGUACUCAAACUCGACCAGGUUCAGCUCUUGACCGACUGAGGUCCGCUCGACCAGUUACAGGCCAAACAUCAGCUAGAGCAAUUCGUAUAGGAACAGCCGCCAUGUUAUCUCAGAAAGAUGGUCCGUUCAUCCAAGUUUCUCGACUAAACCUAUCGAAGUAUGCCAAGAACUCUUGCUUGUCUAAACCGUUGUUCGAAUAUCUCUACUAUCACGAAGGAGACAUACGGAGUGCUAUGGAACUUGCUGUUCAAGCCACGCAAUAUGCUGAAUUCAAAGAUUGGUGGUGGAAAGUGCAGCUUGCAAAAUGUUACAUAGCUUUGAACAUGGUCAGGGAGGCAGAACAGCAACUUGGCAGUUCCUUGAAGCAACAUCAAAACGUUGAAUCGUUCAUCAGAUUAACCAGAGUAUACUUGAGGAUGGACCAGCCUCUGUCUGCAAUGAAUGUGUGCAGAACCGGAUUGGACAUAUUCCCCAAGGACGUGUCAAUUAUGACAGAGCUUGGAAGAUUGGCGGAGGCUUUGAACGAUCCGUCAUCUUCAGUUAAAUAUUAUCGAAAUGUUGUAAUUGAAGAUGCUAUGAACAGCGAAGCCAUAGCUUGUAUAGGGCUAUAUCAUUUCUACAAUAAUCAACCAGAGCUAGCUUUGAGAUACUACAGGCGCAUUUUAGCUAUGGGGGCACAUUCCGCCGAGUUGUAUAACAAUUUGGGGCUUUGUUGUCUCUAUUCGCAGCAGUUGGAUCUUACUCUCUCCUAUUUUCAAAGAGCUUUAGAUCUAGCUACAGAUGCUGCGGUUAAAGCUGAAGUUUGGUACAAUCUAUCCCAUGUAGCAAUAGCAGCUGGUGACGUACAACUGGCCAUCCAAUGUUUGAAUUUAUGCUUAUCAUCGGAUUCCGCACAUGCCUCAGCUUUCAACAAUUUAGCUGUCUUGCAUCAUAAGACGGGAAAAGUGAACUUGGCAAAAGCUUAUUUAACAUCUGCUAGAACGCUGGAGCCAGAAUUGGAGGAACCGAAAAUCAAUUUGGAACAUUUACAAAAUGAAUGAAAUCAAGUCGAAACGGGUUAACCGGUUGAGGUGAACUAAGAAAAGAAUGUAUGAAGGCGAAACUACGUUGUACAGCAGUGUAUUGCAUAUCGAAGACUGUAUUGACUUGAAUUGAAUUGGUUACGUCAUGAUUAUA